AUGGCGGUAAAGAGCAGCGUCAGGUCGUUCCCCAAGAUCAAGGAGGUCAAGACAUACAUCAUCCAGGGAGUCGGUUCUGGAGGCGACUACCACAAUGUCAAAGGCGGACAUUGGUUGAUCGACUCCAAGAUCUCGACGCCCAUGUCUGGGUACGAGGCUUACAGGACGUCGCGUACACAAUGGGGAAUCAACGUCCUUGGCUCCUUCUGCGUUGAGCUCGAGGCAGAAGACGGCACAAAAGGCUUCGCGACUGGCUUCGGUGGGCCUCCAGCUUGCUGGCUGGUCGCAGAGCACUUUACGCGGUUCUUGAUUGGAGCCGAUUGCCGCGACACCAACAACCUCUUCGAGCAAAUGUACCGCGCAUCGAUGUUCUACGGUCGCAAAGGCCUCCCGGUCGCUGUCAUCUCCGUCAUCGACCUCGCGCUGUGGGAUCUGCAAGGCAAGAUUAGGAAUGAGCCAGUAUACAAGUUGAUCGGCGGUGCAACGCGUGAGAAACUGCAUUUCUACUGCACUGGUCCGCAGCCAGGUGUUGCAAAGGCAGCAGGCUUCACCGGUGCAAAGGUCGCCUUACCAUACAGUCCGGGAGAAGGUCCAGAAGGCAUGAGAAAGAACAUCGAAUAUCUUCGACAGAUGCGAGCAGAAGUCGGUCCUGACUUUCCCCUUCGAGUGGACUGCUACAUGAGUCUGAAUGUGCCAUACACAAUCGAGCUGGCAGAGAAGUGCAAGGACUUGGACAUUGACUGGUGGGAAGAGUGUCUCUCACCCGACGACUUCGAUGGUCAGGCUCUGAUCAAGCGCGCCCACCCAACAAUCAAGUUCACUACUGGCGAGCACGAGUUCUCAAGAUACGGCUUCCGAAAGCUCAUCGAGGGCCGCAAUGUCGACAUCCUGCAACCAGACGUAAUGUGGGUCGGAGGCCUGACUGAGUUGCUGAAGGUGUCAGCAAUGGCUGCAGCAUACGAUAUCCCAGUCGUCCCGCAUGCCAGUGGUCCGUACUCGUACCAUUUCGUCGUCUCGCAAGCGAACAGUCCUUUCCAAGAGUACUUGGCGAACUCGCCGGACGGAAAGAGUGUGUUGCCAGUUUUCGGCAACCUUUUUAUCAACGAGCCGAUCCCGGUCAAUGGAUACUUGGAUGUCUCGGUCCUUGACAAGCCAGGCUUUGGGCUUGAGAUCAAUCCACAGGCACCACUCAUCGAUGCCGCUGGUAUUCUAAACCCCGCGCCAGCCAAGUCUCUACCUGCACCUUCACAAUCGCAGGAAGCAGACGGCGGCGAGACCAAGGCCAAUGGCGUGGCAUGA